AUGACAACCCAAACUCCACACCUUGUCUCUAUCAACAAGCUCACCGGCACCCGCGUUCUCGUCAUCGGCGGUACCUCCGGCCUCGGGUUCGCGGUCGCCCGCGCCGCCCUCGAACACGGCGCCAGCGUCCUUGUCGCCAGCUCCCGGCCCGAAAAAGUCCAGUCCGCCGUCUCCCGCCUCCGCACUCUCUACCCCGAUGAGCAAUUCACGACCAGAAUAGCCGGCACCACCGUCGACCUGGGGGAUGAGUCCACCUUGGAGUCGAACAUCUUGACCUUGCUAGACAAAGCAACACAACCCGAUCUCUUCCCGACUAACCUCUCGCCCAACAACGCAGACACACCCGGCAAAAGCGAAAAGGUCCUCCUAGACCAUAUCGUCUUCACCGCCGGCGACGCCCUCCAAAUCCGCCCGCCGACUGACCCAGCCCUCGACCCCGCGUACAUCCGCGCCCUCACCACCGUGCGGCUCCUGGGCGGCCUGAUACUUGCGAAGCACGUCCCGACGUACAUGGUGCAAUCGGCGCGGUCUUCGCUGACGUUGACGAGCGGGGCGGUGGCGAUGCGGCCGCCACCGGGGUACAGUGUGGGAGCUAUGCUGGGGAAUGCGAUCAAUGGGCUGGGGCGGGGGUUAGCGGUCGAUCUUGCGCCGGUGAGGGUGAAUGUUGUUGCGCCGGGGGCGGUGCGGACGGAGAUGUUCGAUGGGUUGCCUGAGGAGGUGAUUGAGAGGUUGAAGGGGAGGACGUUGACGGGGGAACUGGGGAGGCCAGAGGAUGUGGCCGAGGGGUAUUUGGGGGUUAUGAAGGAUGGGUUUGUGACGGGGACGGUCGUACAGUCCGAUGGGGGGAUGAGCAUCAAGACUUGA